CCUCAACGCUCUAAAAAGCCACGACGCGCUCACUGAUACGCUGCUGCUCCAAGUUACUGGAAAACCCUCUCCAUCCACGACUGCACAACGACAGAAACCUCUCACAUCACACACACACUCUGAUUUAUCUCAGCGAGCUUGCACAUUCAAAAAAUGACUGCGAAAAACCGACACAAGAGCAGCGGCAGCUCCAGCGAGAAGACGAGCGCUGCCGCGUCCGCGUCCAGCAGCCCGGACGACGCGUCGAAGAAGACCCAGCAGAAGAGCAGCAGCAGCAGCAGCAGCACCGGGAACGGGACUAGUGCAGCACCUCAGGCUCAGGGGCCACGAUCCGGGGGCAGCUGCCUCGGUGUCGUCGCCACCACAGUGUUUUACGUCGCGUUAUUAGGCGCUGCUGGGUUUGCUGCUUUCUAUUUGCAGCAAGUUGUGGAGGAGAUGAGGCAGACGAGCGGCAGACAUGAGGAGAGCGCAGCGAGCAACGCGAAGCUGAGCGUACAAAUGGAGAGCGUCGUUCAACAGGUGGAGUCUCUGAGGAGCGUUGUGGACGGGCUGGAGUCAUCACUGGGCAUCACUCGGGUGGAGCUGGAGGGGGCCAUCAGCCGGAUGAAGAGGGGCGAGGUGGAGACGAGGAGGGUGGAGGAGGCCCUCCAGAGGCUCCAGAACAAUCUGCUCAGGGACCUUUCAGACGGCAUCAACGAGGUGAAGGAGGCCCGAGAGAAAGACUUCUCUUCUCUGGAGAAGACGGUGGAGGAGCGUCUGGCCGAGGUGAGUCAGUCCAUCACGGCCAGCGUGGCGGAGUUCACCGAAUCUCAGGGCGAAGCGCAGAGCCAGCUGGCUGACCUCAAGGCCCGCCUGGGUGACAUGGAAGACCCUAGGCUCAUCAAACAGGAGCUCUCUGCCAUCGUCGAGGCUGUGACUGAAAUCAGAACAGCCAAUUCGGCUGCUGACGCCUCAGCGGACUCGUUCAGGGAGCAGGUGGGCGCCGUGAGGUCAGAGCUCCAGACUCGUAACCAGGAGGUAGCCUCGCUGUCUCAGGAAGUUCAAACAGUGAGGUCAGUAGUGUUAGAGAACGUGGGGAAUCUGAGGAAGUCGCUGUCGGUAGCAGAGGCUGACGUCCAGGUUCUGAAGGACAAAAGCGAGACACUGGAGAGCAGCGUGGAGCAGGCUGCCAACGCCAUUCUUAACGUGGAGAGACAGGUGAACGAAGGAGUCGGUCAGAUCCAGAAAAGAUCAGAGGACCUGGAAGCCAGAGUUAAAUCAACGGAGGAGAGUGGCGAUUCACUGUCAGCGUCACUAUCAAACAUCGGCGCCAAAGUGGAUUCACUGUUCGCCAAAUACGACACCCAGGACAGCGCUCUGGCUGCACAGGGGCAGGCCGUGGAGAAGGUCAAACGUGGCGUGCAGCAGGAGAUGGAGGCGCUGAAAAGCAGUCUGGGGGAGCUCCAGUCCAACAUGGCGGCUCUGGGCGGCGCCCAGACCAAGCUCUCCUCAAAGGACUCGAGCCUGGGUCAGCAGGUGGUGGACUUGGAGAAGAGGCUCGCCACUCUGGAGGACAGCAGCAGCAGCAGCAGCGUGAAGCCAGAGCAGCUGCAGAGCUUAAAGAGCAUGGUGGCUGGGUUGGAGGCCAAAGCGGCCAAACUAGAAGGCCACGAUAAGGCGAUUGCUGCUCUCCAGAAAGCUCUGAAGGAGACCACACAGACACUGGAGGGCUUAUCCAAAGGCAAGAAGGGAAAGUAGGUUGUUUGAAUUAGCGAUGUGACAUCAGGAUACCAAAAAAAAAAACAUGGACAAUAAUGAUAAUGAUUCAACACUUUUCCUGUUUUCAUGAAGAAUUGUUUCUCAAACU